AUGGCGCAAACUUUGGUGGAAUCCCAGGCAGUGUUCAAAGAGCGAGCUCUGAGGGUAGGGCUGCCAGAUUCCGCCCGGGAUCGACUGAUUGCACAAGGAGUGGACACUCUGGCCAAACUUGCGUUCGCAUCUGGCAAUCCGGGCGAAGCUCCUACCGAAGCUACCCUCAAGCAACUUGUCGAGGAGCAGGGCAAGCCUGCCCCGUCAGUGGGCACCAUUGCCGCGGUCCGCCACCUCGUUUUCGAGGCGCAAACCGUUCUUGUGUCUCAGACAAAAGCUAUGACAGAGACUCGCGAAGAAGUCAAAGAACUGGCUCCGGCCGAAAGGAGAGCCAGGGUCCGAGACCAGGCGACUAGACUCAAGGGCAUUCCCAUGACUGGACAGUCAGAAUGCGCGCACGCUUCUUAUGAUCUGGUCAUGAAGAUGAUGACCGACAACUGCAUUCAUUAUCUGCCGCCGAGCAAAUUCAUUACUCGUGAAGCGGAGCCUCGCCACGACAAGCCCCAGAAAGAGCUUGACGUCCAAGGGUCGUCGAUCAUUGUCAAGCCCAAAGAGCUUGACCACAGCUGCGACACGUCCACCGCCCUUAGCCUCCAUCAUGCCUUGCAGAGGCGCAGCCUUGCGCUUGAUGUGGUCGGUGCAACGGACUACUUCAAAGUUCAAGCCUUCUCAGAUUUCUUGAUGAGCCAUCUGCGCGAGCCCGCCAUGCAAGGCUUUAAGCGUACCACUGUUCAGCAGGUAUUGGCAGCAGACCGGGCUGCGUGGGUACGCCUGUCAGAGCUUACCCCUGAUGGCAUCCGUACCGACGGUGCCGGCAACCUUCCGCUUGAUGCCCUCUGGGCCAGACUUGAGAACGAUCCGAAGGUUGUCUUCCACCUGUUGCCACAAGCAUCCUCAGGCCAUGUUGCGUCCGGCGCAACCAAACGCAGUGCAGACCACGCAAGCCUCGAUCAGGACCCAGGUUCCCAGAAGCCAGGCAAAAAGCCCCGUAAAGGGAAGGGCAAGGGCAAAGGGCAACCACCUAAGGAGCCAGCCAAUGUUCCUGAUGAGCUCAAAGGUGAACAGUUGCCACCUCCGGCCCGGAGCGAUGAAUUUCCCAAUGGAUUGCCAUCCUUGCAGGGAGUCCUCAAAGAGCGCUUCUUGAAGGCUAACCUCUUGUAUGAGCGCACGGGCGCCAUUUUUGCCGAAUGCAUACGCCUCAACAAAUUGGUGUCAGUUGAGAAUCCUGCAAACAGUUACUUUUGGAAAACCUUAGGUUGGGUGUCGCAUACUCAGGGCCUCGCCUUCCAAGAAGUCGUCUUCCAUAAUUGCCAACAUGGAGGCCAGCGUGCAAAAGCCACGCGCGUGGCACACAACAUCGACCUCUUCAGCGAGCUCCACUUGAUGUGCCCAGGCGAGUCCCAGGGGCAUCAGCACCUACCGUGGUCCCGCAGUGGCAAGGCCUUUGCAACUUCUGAAGAAAAGGUCUAUCCCUGGACCUUGUGUCUGCACACCUCAGGGAACGCAGCUACGUUCUUGCGCAACCCAAGCAGUGCCCCAUGUGCGUAUGAUCCUGCGGACCAAGACAUCUCGUCUGAGAACGUGCCACCCCGGCUGGGAUGUUCAGACUUAAGUAGCGCCACCAAAUCGAUGAUGUCGGCUUUGGUCACUGGCUCGUGGGGUCUACUCGCAAGGAUGUGGGAUGCGAAUGCUUCGGCGCUGAGGCGAUCACUUAUCUGA